UGUUCAUUUCUGUUUCAGGCAGUAUAUAUGAUGCCAACAGAAGGCGAUGACUCAUCCAAAAGUGUUCCCUUGGCAUUGCAAAGGGUGUUUUAUGAACUCCAGCACAGUGACAAACCAGUAGGAACGAAAAAGUUAACAAAAUCCUUUGGGUGGGAAACGUUGGACAGCUUCAUGCAGCAUGAUGUACAGGAACUCUGCAGGGUGCUACUUGAUAACGUUGAGAAUAAAAUGAAAGGCACUUGUGUUGAAGGCACUAUACCAAAACUGUUCAGAGGGAAGAUGGUGUCCUAUAUCCAGUGUAAGCACGUAGACUAUAUAUCAGAGAGAAUAGAAGAUUACUACGACAUCCAGCUCAGUAUAAAGGGAAAGAAAAACAUAUUUGAAUCCUUCCAAGACUAUGUGGCAGUGGAACAGCUGGAUGGAGAUAAUAAGUAUGAUGCUGGGGAACAUGGUUUACAGGAAGCUGAAAAGGGGGUGAAGUUCUUGACGUUUCCGCCGGUGCUGCACCUGCAGCUCAUGCGGUUCAUGUAUGACCCGCAGACCGACCAGAACAUUAAGAUCAAUGACAGGUUCGAGUUUCCUGAGCAGCUGCCCUUGGAUGAGUUUUUGCAGAAGUUAGACUCCAAGGAUCCUGCUAACUACAUACUCCAUGCAGUUUUGGUGCACAGCGGGGAUAACCAUGGAGGCCAUUAUGUGGUCUAUCUAAACCCCAAGGGAGAUGGAAAGUGGUGCAAGUUUGACGAUGACGUGGUAUCCAGGUGCACUAAAGAAGAAGCUAUUGAACACAACUACGGAGGCCACGAUGACGAUUUAUCUGUGCGUCACUGUACAAAUGCAUACAUGUUGGUGUACAUUAGAGAAUCCAAACUCAGUGAGGUAUUGCUGCCAGUCAAUGAUGUUGACAUCCCACAGCAACUCGUGGAGCGCCUUCAAGAGGAGAAGAGGGUGGAGGCUCAGAAGAGAAAAGAGAGGCAGGAGGCGCACCUGUACAUGCAAGUACAGAUCGUUACCGAGGACCAGUUCUGUGGCCAUCAGGGAAAUGACAUGUACGACGAGGAGAAGGUGAAAUACACAGUGUUUAAAGUCCUGAAGAACUCCUCGCUUGCUGAGUUUGUGCAGAAUCUCUCACAGACCAUGGGCUUCCCACAGGAUCAGAUUCGUUUAUGGCCAAUGCAGGCAAGAAGUAAUGGUACAAAGAGACCAGCUAUGUUGGACUACGAAGCGGACUGCAGCAAAACUAUGAUUGAGUUAAGUGACAAUGAGAAUCCUUGGACAAUAUUCCUGGAAACUGUAGAUCCAGAAAUGGCUGCCAGUGGAGCAACGUUGCCCAAAUUUGACAAAGACCAUGAUGUCAUGUUGUUCUUGAAAAUGUAUGAUCCAAAAACUAGAAGCUUAAAUUAUUGUGGACAUAUCUACACACCUAUAUCCUGUAAAAUACGAGACCUGCUGUCAGUAAUGUGUGAGAGGGCAGGAUUUUCACAAGGAACUAGCCUUCUCCUCUAUGAGGAAGUAAAGCCGAAUUUAACAGAGAGGAUCCAGGACUAUGAUGUGUCUCUAGACAAAGCACUUGACGAGCUGAUGGAUGGUGAUAUAAUAGUGUUCCAAAAAGAUGACCCAGAAAACGAUUCCAGCGAAUUACCGACAGCGAAGGAUUACUUCAGAGACCUGUACCACCGCGUCGAUGUUAUCUUCUGUGAUAAAACCAUUCUCAACGACCCAGGCUUCGUGGUUACGCUUUCUAACAGGAUGAACUAUUUCCAGGUUGCAAAGACAGUUGCACAGAGAUUAAACACUGAUCCUAUGCUACUUCAGUUUUUCAAGUCCCAAGGGGAUGGUCCAGGGAAUCCUCUUAGACACAAUUACGAAGGUACUCUGAGAGAUCUGCUGCAGUUCUUUAAGCCCAGGCAGCCAAAGAAACUGUAUUAUCAGCAGCUGAAAAUGAAGAUAACAGACUUUGAAAACAGGAGGAGUUUCAAAUCCAUAUGGCUGAACAGCCAGUUUAGAGAAGAGGAGAUAACACUAUACCCAGACAAGCAUGGCUGUGUGCGAGACUUACUGGAGGAAUGUAAAAAAUCCGUAGAACUGUCUGAUAAAGGGUCAGAGAAGCUGAGGCUGCUAGAAAUUGUAAGCUACAAAAUAAUUGGGGUCCACCAAGAAGAUGAAUUGCUAGAAUGUUUAUCUCCUGCAGCAAGUCGCACGUUCAGAAUAGAGGAAAUCCCUCUGGAUCAGGUAGGCCUUGAUAAGGACAAUGAGAUGCUGAUUCCAGUGGCACAUUUCCACAAGGAAGUCUUUGGGACUUUUGGUAUCCCGUUUUUGCUGAAAAUACGGCAGGGAGAACCUUUUCGAGAGGUUAUGAAGAGGGUUCAGGCGAUGCUCGAAAUCCAAGAAAAGGAGUUUGAAAAGUUUAAGUUUGCCAUUGUGAUGAUGGGUCGGCAUCAGUACAUCAAUGAAGACGAAUAUGAAGUCAAUCUGAAAGACUUUGAGCCUCAGCCAGGUAAUAUGUCACAUCCAAGGCCAUGGUUAGGGCUUGACCAUUUCAAUAAAGCCCCAAAGAGAAGCCGCUACACAUACCUGGAGAAAGCAAUCAAGAUUCACAACUGACAUCCUCAACGACCUAACCAACUGUACUAAAGACUUAACCAAACCCUUCCAUGUGUGCGCCACUUCUAACAGCAGCAGCACCUGUGUACACAUGCACCACCUAUGAAGUCUUCAGCGAGAGGAUUUGCUCCUCGUGCUACAUUUUAUUUUUGUUGAGGCUGUUCAGUUUGGCUUCUCUGCGUCUAAAUAGACUGCCCAUAUUGUCUGGAAGGCUCCAAAUGAGCUUUUCUUGUAUUGGAAAGGCAGAGUGAACUGAGCGGGGUUUUUUUAUUUUUUUAUAAAGAGUUGCAUAGGGAGUGGAAUGAGAUGGGAGGUAGAACAGAAAAGCUGCCGUUCGCAAAAGGUUUUGCAUCUUUAGAAAACCAGCUGGUGGCAUCCCCUUGCUAGUUGCCUAUCGCGGUUGUCCUAAUAAUAAACCCUGGUCCGUUUAGUGCAACUAGUUACGUUCAUGUUUACACACCUUUUUUUCUUUAGUUUGGUUGGAGGAAAAUUUAAAAUUUUGGUUUUUCCGCGCUAAUCCUAUAAAUUAAAAAAUAAUUAAAAUAAAUAAUAAAUUUCAAUAAAACACAGCAUCUGUAUUUCAUUUUGCACGUUGGCACUUAACAUCAAAGAUGUGUAACAUUUACAGUUUGAGUAAAUGUAGUCUUUUGAUUUUGAGUUUUGUUUUUGUUCUUUCAAAUCUGCUGUCACUUUGCUGUGGUUUUCUUACUCUUAACUCCGUUCUGGCUGCUGGUUUUCUUCUGUAGUUUUGCUGUGCUGUGCAUCGGCACUGAGCUAACACUGAAAGAAUGGACUGGUUGUGGGUGCAAGGUAAAACCAGUGUUGCUGAAUUAAUAACCGAAAUACAGCCUUUUCAGCACAGAAGGCAUGCUCACUAGCGCUUAGUAAGCUGUUGACUUUGUAAAGAAAAAAAAUCAUAUUGUAUAUUUAAAGAUUGAACAGUUUAACACUCGACGAUCAUUUUGUUGGGUGUGUCUCCAGGUUCAUUGAUGUUGAUAUUCAUUGUGUGUGUGUAGUUUCAUUUCAGAACCAGACUGCUUCUGAGUUUUUUGUUUUUUUCCUGAACUAAUGGCAACACCGUGUCUAGUUUGAGUGCAGUACAAAAAAGAAAAAUAGAAAUGUGCAAAUCACAACUUUUAUUUUAGUUUCUCUGUUCUUUAAUUUCUUCUUGUAGCAGCAUUGUACGACAACUAUUCCUGUAUAUUGCCUUUUUGCUGGAAAAUGUAUGUUGAAUAAAAUUUUCUAUAAAA